AGACCUGGCAUUCGUUAUUGUUUAGCCCCUCAUUCAAUAAAUGGUGUGUGCUGUGUGCCCAAGCCCUCCUCAGUCCUGAUGGAACAAAGUAGACGACUCUUUGGGAAUUGAAACUGUCAGGAAGGCCAGCCAGAAUCUUGACAAAGGCUGUGUUCACUAAGAUGCCUAGGAGCAGUCCCACCGCUGGAGCGCCCACUCUGCUCCACUGACACCAGUGGUGUGUAUUGCCCAGACCCAUCAUUCAUUUCCACGCCUGGCCCCAUAGACAGUGCUAAGCUGCAAGUUGCUGACUCAGUAAGUCCAUAAAUGCGGCCUGAGAGUGCAUUUUUAAAUACCAACCUGCUUCAGGAAUGGGAGCAUAUUGAAGAGAUGCUUAGCUGUCAUUGCAGCACAUGGGAAGUGGAGCAGGACUGAGAACUGGAUGUUUGGUCCAUGUGGAUUUCCUGGCCAUCCUAUAAGCGAGGCAUACUUACCCCGUGUCCUGUGAAAAGAUUCUGAAGUUGAAAGCUUUUAAGACUGUGACUCACCAUUUUGCUAGAUUUCACGUAGCCACAUCUUUGAACAAAACCACAUACAGUCCCCACAGGGACAAGCUGCUUCCUGAAGGAUCUGUGUGAGCUUUCCAAAAUACAAUCAGAAAAGGCCCGGAAGGGGGAUGGCCCACGUCUUUGUGUACGGCACCCUGAAGCGAGGCCAGCCCAACCACAAGGUCAUGCUGGACUGCGCCAACGGCUGGGCUGCCUUUAGGGGCCGCGGGGUCACGAUGGAGCCCUUCCCGCUGGUGAUCGCGGGCAAGCACAACAUCCCGUGGCUGCUGUGCCUGCCCGGCCAGGGCCACUGCGUGGCGGGGGAGAUAUACGCCGUGGACGGGCAGAUGCUGCGCUUCCUCGACGACUUCGAGGGCUGCCCUGACAUGUACCAGCGCACGGCCGUGCAGGUGCGCGUCCUGGAGUGGGAGGGCGCGGGCAGCCCGGGGGACAGCGUGCAGUGCUUUGUGUACACGACGGCCACGUACGCGCCCGAGUGGCUCCGCCUCCCCUACCACGAGAACUACGACUCGGAGGGUCCACACGGGCUGCGCUACAACCCCCGGGAAAGCAGGUGAGGCGCCGUGCAGCCCUGAGCCCGGUGUGCACGUCACCACAGCCGGGAAAUCUCCCUUUUGGCGGCACAACUUCUGCGGCGAUCUGUACGUCCUAGUAACAUGACGGAUGUCUCCGCGAGUCUUUCUGCUGCUACGUUAUUGCUUGUUGUUGGAGGCGGCCCAGGAGCUUGCGUAUGUUAAACCAGAAAAGCUUCAGGUUUUAAUUCUCCUAAAUGGCAUCUAGAGGGCUCAUAUGUUGCCAAACUUUUCUUUUUUCGCUUUACUUUAACCUAAGGGUCAUAUCUUCAAUGACCAAAGACUGCUGCAUUUAGGUUUUAGCCGUUGAUUGUAUUGACUCUGGCCUGUAUCACCUGGGGGCUGGGGGGUAGAUAAGCCUGAUUUUUGAUGGCUUAGUAAAAAACUCAGAGAAACUCUGUACCCAGGCAUGUACUGCAUCACUCCUCACCGUUCUCAGAUUAGACACCAACUACUAAAGAUGUCCAUGUAAAGUAGGAA